UUGAUUUUUAUUUUGAUCUAUUUUGAAUGGCGUGACACUGAAAACCAGCAAUGCUAAGAAAGUUUUGUCUUUUAUGCUGUUGAGGAAAUUAAGGAUUGCGCUAGGUCAGUUGGACUCUGUUGUCUAGGAACGGAAAGUGUAUGCCAUUACAAGGCUUUUUCAGAGAGUUCAGUUCAUAUUUGGAGACCCAGAGGUAUAUUCCCUCUGCUUUGAUUGUAUUAAGAAAAGUUCACCAGUUUUCUCCUUGAUCUCUUUUACCAAAAGAAUGAACAGGUUACACCGCUCGAUUUGGGAGUCUGGGUUAGAAAAAUGAAGGCCUGGAUACCAAGCUUACACCUUCGUGACCAGCAGGGUUGUGCCUAAAUCCUACCGCUCAGAAGGACAACCGAGAAGUACUAGGAGCGAGUUUCCCAGUAUUAAGCAAACAAAAAUGUGCAUGGACUUAAGUCCAAUUACCUUAUACACAAGCUGUCCUUCUGGCUGGUAGUAUUUUCAAGAUCCUACCAGCCAGAGGGACAAGAUCACAGAAAACUGAAAAUAUUUAACUGUAGAGUGAUUCUAGUGUAGUAUAAAACUAAAGAGUAAUGUAUCAAACUAUUUUACAAAUAAAACUGUGCAUGGACUUCAGUCCAAUUACUUUAUACCCAAGCUGUCCCUCUGGCCAGUAGUAUUUUCAAGAUCCUACCAGCCAGAGGGACAAGAUCACAGAACACUGAAAAUGUUACUGUAGAGUGAUUCUAGUGUUGUAUAAAACUAAAGAACAAUGUACCAAGCUAUUCUACAAAGAAACUGUGCAUGGAUUUAAGUCCAAUUACCUUAUACACAAGCUGUCCCUCUGGCCGGUAGUAUUUUCAAGAUCCUACCGACCGAAGGGACAAAGCAAAGGAAGUUUGAAUUCAGGGAUCCACCGAAUCAAGAGCUCAAUAAAAACAUUCGUCCCCAAGGAAAGACGUAUUUAAAAACUCUUGUGCCUAAGUCACAGACGUCUGCAGUGUUAGCUUACAAAUUUACGGUUUACGAACUAGACGGGAAGAGACCCAAAGAAAUAUACAGCAUUUGCCAAACAAUUCACUGCUUUACUCUCUACGCAUUAUUCUUAACAUGUCAGGUAAAUAAAAACGUACUUGUCUUGUUGACCAACAUAGUUUACCACUAGCAAUUCGCAUAUUAUCUGAUUGGUAUAGUCCGCCAUAUUGGAAUAGCCGACAGUUUCCGAAAACUGCUCGACUCGGAAACUCGCUCCUAGUACUUCUCGGUUGUCCUUAUGAGCGGUAGGAUUUAAUUACAACCGACCAGCAGGGUCAUCCUGGCAUUUUCACGUGUACAUUACAUGCAUGUGUUUGGAAACGUCUCUGGCAUAAUUUGGUGCACUGUAGUAUUGAUCAAACAUAGUUUCGAUGGAAUCAGCGAAAGCCGGCUGCUUUUUAGCCUUGCUAUCCAUUUUGGCGUUAAUUCCAAGAACAGAUUCUCACGUUUUAUCUCAUGACGACGCUCGUAGUAUCAAUGGACCGGCAGCCAAGUCUUUUGUUGAUAGUUUGUUCGCAGAGUAUGGUACCAACAAAUCUAUGAGUUUAAGACAGUUCAGUUCUCUCAUGAAGGAACUUAAAAUUGGUUUCAUUACAAGCGAAGCGAAAACCAAAGCUGGAUCAGGCAAAGAGAAUGGAGUGAAAAAUGGGCAUUCAGAGUGUUACCCAGCCAAAGUACUGUUUGAAUCCUUUUCUGUUGAUUCUAAUGGGCUGAAUCCAGAGAAAUUUGAAAAAAUAUGCCCAGCACUUGUGGAGCAAAUUGAGAGUAAAGCAUGUUUGGUGGAAAAGGAAGUAGAGGAGGAAGAAGAUACAACACAAAGUAAAUCUCAAGCAUGGGGAUUCGGGUUCUUGUCAGUAACCAUCAUCAGCUGUGCAUCUCUACUCGGAGCCUUUGUUGUCCCAUUCAUGAACCAAUCAUUUUACAAGAUUCUCCUGCUGUUUAUGGUGUCCCUUGCUGUUGGUGUGCUAAGUGGGAGUGGAGUUUUCCACCUUAUUCCCCACAGCUUUGGUUUUGGUCUUGAUGGUGAUAUGUCAUAUUUAUGGAAAUGUCUGGUCAUCGUCAGUGGGAUUUAUUUGUUCUUUUUCCUGGAAUAUGCCAUGAAAAUGAUUGUCAGAUUCAAACAGAAGUCUUCGUGUGAUGAUAGCGAAAAACAGCUAGUACAUGAAAAUGCCAAGCCAAAAAGUGAAAUUCCUGGUGCCGGCAUAGCCGAUGUUCAGCUUCAACUUUACAAGGUCAACCAAGACAAUCACCACGCUCUCAGUAACAUGUGCAUGGGUCAUGAUUUACCAGAGAUCCAUUUUACUGGAAAUGGAGUGAAACAUAACAGCAGUUCAGAUGAUUCCAAGAAGGUUGUUGAGGAAAAUGGUACAUUAUCUCUGGAAAAGAACAAAGUGGCCCCUGUUGCAUGGAUGAUAAUAAUUGGUGAUGGCCUUCAUAAUUUUAUUGAUGGCUUAGCCAUCGGAGCAUCUUUUUCUGGGUCAACAUUUGUUGGUGUCAGUACAGCACUGGCAAUAUUCUGUGAAGAGCUUCCUCACGAACUAGGUAACAAUAGUUAGAUUACAGUUACAUACAUGUAAGUAUUGGGAGGCACAGUGGCCUCAUGAGUCAUGGUAAGUGCACUUGACUCUGGAUCAAAAAAUACAGCACAAUGUCCCCAGCAAUGUUAUAAACCCAGACCAGUUGAUUCUGGAGUCGAGCACACUAAUCAUGUGGCCACUGCACCUCCCUUUAGUAGUAGCAUACUAUUAUCAUGUUAGUGUUGGGCUGUACAUUAAACAGACCCCCUUUUCCCACAAUUACAACUUCCCCCUCUAUUAACCCUGCUUAAGUUAAGUGUGCUUGACAAAAAUACUGUAGGCCCUCAGGGAGAUUUAAAUACAGGACACAGGUGUACA